AUGACCCUGCAGCCCAAGUGUGAGGAUGUAGAGACAGCGGAGGGUGUAGCUAUUACUGUCACAGGGGUGGCUCAGCCACUGCAUUAUUGGUCCAAGUGGAUCCAAAGCCAUUGCAGGGGCUCACGGCAACCGACGGGAGCGACAUGACCUUGAAUGACAAACAUGCUUCGUGGGAAGUCAUCUAAAGGGAACCACAGAUUAUUGCUUCCGUCUUCCUCUUCCAACGUCAGAUACAUUUGUAGUCUAACUACAAAGUAGACCUCAUUAAAUAGAAAAAUACAUUUCCGGAAAAGUGGAGACAUGAUUUGUAUGAGCUUUUCCUGUUCAGGAGGAAGCCUGAUAAAGGGGUGUGGGGAGGUCAGAGGUCUGCAGUUGUGGGUUCGACUCACUUUUUUCCACACUAGUUAAUUUGAGGUUGAGCCACAGCACAGCGCCUCCUGCUGAGUCUUUUGAGCUGGCCCGCCGUGCGGUCGUCCAGCUUGCACCCUUUCUCAGUUUUGACGUGGAAUGACAAUGAGCACCCCUUACUUAACAUUUGUGUGUCCUUCAAUCCUGGUAUGAGUGCAUGUUACCCAAACCAACGGUGUGACCACUUGCCUAAGGACCCAGCACACUUUUCUGUCUCUUUUGACAGCCCCGGUGGAGUACAGCGUCACCCCCAGCUUGUUUUUUUUCCCCCUUCCUUUUUUUUUUUUUGCCAUUAAAAUGAGCUCUUACUGUCACUGAUGUCACCAUUCCUUUCUUUAUUUCGCGUGCAUGGGUCAUGAGCAUGAUACGACAGAAAAAAAUAUGGACAAGAAUCAUACGAUAAGUCUUGCACAUAAAUAUAAGGAAUAUGAUUCAAUGUAUCUGUCUAUUGAGCCAGGUUGGCUAAGGCUAUGUCCACACGUACGCAGAUUUGAUCACACGUGUAUUUUCCUCGCUGCGGACAAAAAAAUGAUCUACAUCCACUCUCAACGGGGCUUUAAACAUCUCCUGCUACAUGAAAACACGUGAGUUGGCUCUCAAGCACAUUUGGGCCAAUCAGAAGCCUGAAAAGCAACAUCAGAUGACUUGGUCGCACACAUUCCGAUGCCACCUCGCAUAGACGAUCCCCAGAUGGUUUAGAAUCAGUGCUGGUCUACAUGCAGACAACAUAAAUGAAAGCAUUUGUAAUUGGCUGUGUGUGUAAAGGCACACUCGCAUCUGUCAUUGCAUGAGAUGAAGUGGAAGGCAUGCAAGGCGACAACAUUAUUGCAUAUGUUCAAUUGUUAAAUAUAACGUAAGCUAGCUUGAGGUCAUGUUAAACAUUUCAAAACAACACAAGCCAAGAUGCUGUCCGCAAACAAUACUGAGAACACUUUUUUUUCCCCACGCUGGCCAGGGUUUUCCCAAAACUCCCCGUUUCCUCAAUGCAACUUCUGUUUGCGCAAAAUGUGUUCUUGGAACGCUCGUUGUACGUGUGGUCAUGACCUCAUUCAUUGGUGAGUUAGUCUUGUAUGCAAUUAGUAAAGCCAGCAGUCGCUGUUCUCUGCGGAUCUUUCUGGAUACGUGUCGUCAACAACAAUUUAGAACCACAAUAAUUUUGGGGAGCAAAAGCAUUCCCAACUUUUUUUAACUCGUGUAAUAAGAAGAUUUUGUGGUCAUUAAUUGUUCCGUGUAUGCUCGGCUGACGAUGUUUGUCCACACCGAUGGCAGGUAAAGGUGAUGACAGAAAAUGAACUGCUCGGUUACGCCUGCGAGCAGUUCCUCGGGAAGUCGGUCAUUGAGAUCAAGAGCGUCAUCCUGCAGACCCUUGAAGGUCACCUGCGCGCUAUCCUCGGUACCUUAACGGUGGAGCAGAUUUACCAAGACAGGGACAAGUUUGCCUCCCUGGUCCGAGAAGUGGCGGCACCUGACGUCGGCCGCAUGGGCAUCGAGAUCCUCAGUUUCACUAUCAAGGAUGUGUAUGACAAAGUGGAGUACUUAAGCUCACUGGGCAAAACACAGACGGCUGCAGUGCAGAGGGAUGCUGACAUUGGCGUGGCGGAGGCGGAGAGAGACGCUGGCAUCAGGGAAGCUGAGUGUAAGAAAGAAAUGAUGGAUGUUAAGUUCCUGGCAGACACGAAAAUGGCAGAUUCCAAGCGGGAGCUGGAAAUGCAGAGAGCUGCCUUCAACCAGGAAGUCAACACAAAGAAAGCAGAAGCUCAGCUGGCUUAUGAGCUGCAAGCGGCCAAAGAACAGCAGAAGAUCCGUCUGGAGGAGAUCGAGAUCGAAGUGGUCCAGAGGAAGAAGCAAAUCACCAUUGAGGAGAAGGAGAUUGACCGAACUGAGAAGGAGCUGAUUGCCACUGUGAAGAGACCUGCUGAGGCUGAAGCUUACAAGAUGCAGCAGCUGGCUGAGGGACAGAAGAUCAAGAAGGUGCUGACAGCCCAGGCAGAGGCCGAGAAGAUUCGCUUGCUCGGCGAAGCGGAGGCCGGCUCCAUCGAAGCCGUCGGCAAAGCGGAGGCCGAGAAAAUGAGGCUGAAAGCCGAAGCCUACCAGCAGUACGGCGAGGCCGCCAAGACUGCUUUGGUUCUGGAGGCGCUGCCCGAGAUCGCCAGCAAGGUGGCUGCACCCUUGUCCCGGACCAGUGAGAUUGUGAUCCUGACCGGCGAAGGCAGCCGUGUGACAGGAGAGGUGAACCGUCUACUAGCCGAACUCCCAGUUUCUAUCAACGCCCUCACUGGGGUGGACGUGACCAAGAUCCCACUGCUGCAGAAGAUGAGCGGCCAGACAGCCAUCUGAUGAAUCUCAACCCCCGUCGGACAUAAACAGUAUCUGCCUCAAGCAUGACAACACUUUCUCUAGCCUCUGACCCACUUAUGCAAACUGCCAGAAACACCAAAUGAGAUUGGAGACCAUUUUUAUGAUUUUACUUUCCAACAGAGAAAAAGAGAGGUUUUGCGGUUUUACCUACUUCCUGGUCAGCCAGGAUUCUAUGCUGCAGUCCCAUUCAAUUCCGCAAGCCAAACAAAAGCAGACGUGUUGGUUGAAAGGAGGAAAAUGUCAAGAGUAAAUGUAUUCGAAAUGGGUUAAGUGAGAAAAUGCUGCUUGCGCUGGAAGAGUCCAACAUUCAUGUAAUGUUGAGUCUGAGCUGGUUACAAUUGGCUGCCAUAUAUUUCCUGUUUCUCUCCCUCCAAGAGAACUUGAUAAUCCGCUGUUACACUCACCCAGUCUUCACCCCCUGUGACUGAAAUAUGGCUUGCAUCAACAGCAUAUUACGGUACAAGGAUUGUACGAGUAGAACCACUAUUAGCUCAUCGUCACCUCGCUUGUCCGAUCACCACUCAAGUGCCCAAAAAAAACCCGUUUUCGGACAGAGCUGUGUCAUCCAGAUCCCCUGCUGUCUUGUCACAUCUGCCUUUUUAUUAACACACACAAAUGUUGUUUUAACACUAAGCCAUGUUCAGGAAGGGUCGCCUUAAGUGAGGCCUGGACACACGCCAGGCUCACGCAUCACUCGUGUAGUUCGUCACAUAGCAUGUGGUAGAUGCUCAGGGCCGUACCCCCGACUCAAAAUGUUGUCUCCCCCCCACCCCUUACAAAUUCUCCUGUGCAAAAUAAAUGCGAGUAAACACUUUUUUUGACUUUAUUAUCACAGGAAUGUUUACACAGUACCGCUGUGUUCUGUUUUUUUUUUUUAACUGAUGAAAAUGAAAAUAGUGCUUAGUUUGUUGUCAUGAAAAACAAACCUUUUACUAACAGUAACUAACUAACUUGUGACACACACUAUUUUACUGUAAAGGGAAGUCAAAAUGACUCCCAUCAGCCCUGUCGGCACCUUGUUGUUUUGUUAUUUUUGAAAUGAAAAUGAAAUGGAACCGUUCCCUCGUAUAUGUCACCGAAAUGGUGAACUCCCUGAUGUUGUGUGUUCAAAUCAAAAUACAGUGAACCCCGUCAAUUCACGGGGGAUAAUGAUCGAGGCCGACUACAAAUGGCAAACCUCUUGAGAGUAAUUGACUUUUGAAUUGCCUACAGAUGCCACGAGACGUUGACUGAAGACUUAUUUGGUCUAAAUAAAGCUCCUCAACUCACUUCAAAUUGUUUCCUUGGCACAAAGAUGCCACCAGGUGGAGUGUAAACACAGCAAAUAGGUGACCUUUUCCAGUAAAUAAUGGUUAGGUUCAAAAUCUUUAAAAAAUAAUAGUAAGAAUAAUUCUCCAAAAGGGCAAGUUUGUGAGUGCCAAACUGCGAAUAUGCAAGGGGUUCACUGUAUGUGACGAAAGAGGUGCUGGAAAUAAACGGUUCUUGUGUUCUUCAUUUUCAGGACGAGGUGUCGUCAUUGUAACCGACCUUAGUCGCACAUAUUUUAUCCAGCUGGCUGUUAGCUUAGAAGUGGGGUGUAUUGUUUGUAACAUGUUUUGUACACAGUGCCUUUGUCAAAGAAGAGCUCAUGACUGUGCUGUGACUAUUUCAAUCAUACACGCGCGUGUAGAGCUAGCGAUGAGCUGCUGUUCAUUUCCGCAUUCUACGCUAUGCGUUGUUCAUUGUAACCUGUCGAUGUGAACGUUGUACAUGCAUACCCGUCAGAUUUACUUUUGUACUUGUUCGGCUUCAUGUAUUUUAUAACAUUCGGUGGUAACAACAUACAUGGGAACACAGAAAUAUGUAGCUGCAGGAUUUCGACUAAAAUGUUGCUUCUUUUGUGUUGUUGUUCAUAUCAGCACCUGUUUGUAUUUCAUUAUUUUUGGCUGGUAUAUUUGGUGCCAAAAUAUUGCAGCGGUGUUACUCCAAGUAUCAUUUUGGAGACCACGUGGAUGAAGACCAAACUUUGGACCCAUGCCUUAAAAUCAUCUUUCAUUUUGAUGUCAUCGAAGACAAAACAUCUCUGUUGUUACCAAGAUUUCAAUUUACGCUUCUCCUAUCUGAUGUUUUGACAAAACUGAUCCAGCAUGGCAUUUGAAGCAUGUGUUCAUGUUACUCUGUUGUGUGCCAUCCUCUAAUUAAAAAAAAAAAAAAUAUAUAUAUAUAUAUACCACAACCCUGAAGCCUUUUGUGUACUUGUGAAGGAAUAUUGCAUCUGUCCACGUUCUGCUUCUCCUUUAGGGUUGUGGGUGUGGCGGAGCACUUCCCAGCUGACGUUGGAUGAGAGACACGGGGUACACCCUGUGCACAUCACAUAUAGACAACCAACCAUUCACACCUAUGGCCAAUUUAGUCUUCAAUUAAUGCUUAUUUUUGGGAACGUGGGAAGAAGCCAAGAGUACCCAUAAUAAAAUGCAAACUCCACGUGGGAAGGCGUGAGAUUUGAAACCCAAGGAAGCAGAUGUGCUAACCACAAGUUCAAUGUGCAGCCUGAUAUUAUUAUUUUCAGAAGCAAGAAAAACUGUUUCAUGAUUAAAAAAAACAAAACAAUAUAAAAGACAAGUUACAAGACAGAUUUUGUACCAGAAAGCAGAACACAAUAUGUAAUAAAACGUUCAUAAUAUGGCUGAGAA